ACUAGACUUUGUAUCCUAAUCAUCUGUUCUUUUACAACCGCUUCAUCGAGUUGUGAAUUUAUUUGAGGUUCGAAUUGUAAAACAUUUUUUUAUUUUUAUCUUGAUCCUUUCAUGAUCUACUCAUAGUAUUGAACUUUGUGGUCAUUUUCAAUCAUAUUUUAAUUGAUAAUUCUAUCUUUGAGUGAACGGUGGUUUUACCCAGUUUGAUCGAAUCAAUUGCCAUUCAGUCAUGGAACAAGUGUUAGUUAAUAAUUCUUCGCCUCGCUUUAGAAUGGGUGAAGGAGACUGGUAUUGUCCGGAUCCUCUUUGUAAGAACAUUAACUUUGCAAGAAGAGAUCGGUGUAAUCGUUGCGGCAAGGAGAAGAAUGAUAGUGGCCAGAAGAAAAAACUUGGACAAGAGAUAGGUAAGGCUGCUGCAGAGAAGAGUCGUGGACUAUUCAGUGCUGAUGAUUGGCAAUGCAACAAAUGUGGUAACGUGAAUUGGGCCCGACGUCAACAGUGUAAUAUGUGUAAUGCGCCCAAGUUUGGUGAGGUUGAAGAGAGAACGGGAUAUGGCGGAGGCUACAAUGAGAGGGGUGUUGUUGAGUACAUCAAGCGAGAGGAUUCAGACGACGAAUACGAUGAGUUCGGACGAAAAAAAAAGAAAAGGAGUCAUUCGAGCAGGAGGAGCGACGAUGAUGAUGAUGAAGAAGAACAAGACGUAAAGAAGCCACCUGCACCAGUAGAAGCUGAGGAAGAGGACGAAGACGAAGAAGAAGACGAUGAGGACCUUUCCAAGUACGACUUGAGUGGAUGGGGAGACGAGGAUGAAGAUGAAGGAUCUGGAAGCAACCAGAAGGACAAGGACCGCAAAGAGAGGAGCAAGAAGAUCCAGGAGAAGCGCAGGUCUCGUUCCCGCUCAAGAUCUCCACAUUAAGACCUUUGGCUAAGGUUUUGGCUUACACAUUUAAAAAAAGGUAAGUUUUUGUAAAUUUGUUACGUGCCCUCAAACGUGGUUUACCUGUAUCCAAGUAAUGAUAAAUUCAUAUUAAUUAUAUCUUCAUUGCUUUUUCAAGGCCUAAAAAUACUCAGCUUGACAAGCGUGAUCCAAUGUAGCAUUAUAGGCCUAUAUUAGGGCUGAUAUAAACGCAGCUAUUUGUACCUCCUCAAAGGAAUUUAUAGGAAUAUUAAGAAGUUAAAUUAAUUAAAGAGAUUAAUAUGAAUUGAUCAAUUAAGCUUGAAUAAAGUUGAAGGCACAUAACAUAUAGUGACAUUGAAUUCUAUUUAAUGAUAUUGAUUACUCGUUAGUUGACUAAGUUAAUGUUUUUCCGUUUUAAUAUGUGUUACUUUUAGAGUGGCAUUAGUCUUUUGUCCGAAUUUUUAAUGAUAUAUUCAUUUCACUUCUUAUUAUGUUCUUGCCAGAAUAGAAAAUUAUUUUUUAAUUUAUCUUGAGUCAUCACACUUUCAAGUAGGUAAAAUCUUUUAAAGAGGGAUUGGGAUUUUUUCAAAUUUCUAGCAUAUUUAUGCUAGCCUUAGAUUAAGUAAGUUAGACUGUAAUUGAAAUAUUAUAUUACAGUGUGAAUAUUUUAUUCAGCUUACCUACCUUACUAUUGGAUUAUACUAUAAAAUAUGAAAAAUUAAUAGAUAAUUUACAUUUACUGUAGUUUUCUAGAGUGAUGUGAUUCGAGUUGUUUUGCAUACUUUAAGUUAUAAUGAAUUUAUAUUCUUUCCAUAAUCAAUUGCAUGCCUUACAACUGCCAUAUCAAGAUAUCAUCACUCUUGAAUAUGGUUGUUAAAGAACAGUACAAUUCCUAUACAAUAGCAGAAUAAUCUUUAAUAAGUAGUCGUUUAUCUUUAGCACUGUUCAUUCUGAAUACAUUGAAAGACUGUAAGUGCAAGGUAGUAUAAACUGUAGUAAAUGCUAUUACUGUAGUAAUACUAGUGAAGCUCGACACCAUUAAUACUUCAUCACCUGAUGUACUUUCUCAUUCAACCUGUAAUAUUCAAUUCUUCUCUUAUGAGUAGUUAUCUAUAAUUUAAUCAUCUUUAAAUAUAAGAAUUUAAAAGGAUCAUAUUUCAAGUCAAUCUUAACAAUGUUCUCUAUUUCCAAUAUUGGUUUUAAACAUAAUACAGUGAUUUUAAUAUAAUUAUUGCAAACCACAAAAUAUGUAGCUUUAAUAUUAAUUUCAUAAACAUAAAAAUCAUUAUAGUGUAAAAUCAAUUUGCUAGUAGAAAUUUCUUAGUCGCAACAACGUUUUAUUUGAAUUUCUGUAUCUGAAUCCAAACAAUUAUCUAAUGAUCUAUUUUAGUCUGAAGACUAGGGGUUGCUUAGAACGAUUAUUAUACCUGAAUUUGCAUAAAAUUCGUUUGAUUUUUCUUAAAAGUUUAAAAGUGUGAAAAUUUAUUCCUCCUUCUAUUAUCUUGAGCUAUAACUAAUAUCUGUUUUACUCUAUAAUAUAGAUUGACUUGCAGUUUACCCAUCUUAGAAAGUUGAGAAUAAGGUCAAGAGUGGUAGUUGUUUUAAUAUUCUAUAUUAUGGAAAGCAUACCUUUAUACUGUACCGUAUUACUUUUAUUAAUCAAAUUAUUAAAUUAAAAAAUGUUGGUUAAAUUUAUUGCAUUACGAGAUAGCAGCUGUUGAACAUAUAAUAAAAUUCUAAUAUGUGUCAAUGCUCAAUACUAUUCCCAAUUCUGUACUGUUGAACCAUAGACAAGACCAGUUGUAAUGAUAUUAACUCGGUCUCGGUCCAAGAUACUAGCAUCUAUUGUCAGACUAGUUUGGUUGAUGUUAUUUGAUAAGAAAAUGAAUGUAAAUGCAUCAAUGUAGCCUAUUGAAGUUGAAUUGUAUAAUUUUCUCCAACACUACUAGACACCUUUAUCAAACUCCCAUAAUGUCAUACAUAAAUCAAAUAAAUUAAUGAAUUUAAUAGGAGACUUUAGACAGCAUGUAAAUUGGACCAAGCUACUUUUCUUCGCCCUGGCCUCGUCUAUGGCUAGUUACACACACAUCGAUUUAUGGCGUAUAAUUUUUACUGUCCUUAUAGAUUAAACAGAUGAUGUUUGUCAAGUCCCGUUAAAUCUGAUAGAAUUCGUAAGGACGGCAAUUGGACAUUGCACUAGACUUGAGUGCAGACCCAGUAAUUUUUUUCUUGUGAAAUUUUAAAUGAAUGAACGCAAAUUCAAUGUUACCGUAUUCAUUAACUUACUUAUCAAAUAGGCUAUUACAAUUAUUAUGGAAAGAGGUAACAGGAGUUAUCCAUGAUAAAGCAGUGUUGGGCAAUGAAGUAUGGAGCUAUGGAGGUUUUGGAAUGGCUGUUAUAUACUUACUCAUUUUUGAACUAAACUCAGAUUUAUUUUUUUCCAGUAUGUACCGUGGAUGUUAAUUGACUGCAUUAGUCGAAACUUCGCUAUUGAAACUUUUUUUUUGAGUCACUAUCAAUAUUCAAAUCGUUAUCUAACAAUGCUGUUUAAUUUUGUUUGCUACAAUUAUAAGAUUACAUGAAAUUUUCAACUGCAGAACCAUUUCAGUUCCCUUCAUUCAGAACUUCCCUGGUUGUUUCAUUUCGUUGUUGGAUAUGUUAUGUGGAGUGGCCUCGUUCACUGAACCUGACACAUUGUGUUCAUUUUUAUGGGGCUACCUCAAAGCUCGUAUACAUAUCAACAAAACAUGAACAAUAUUUAAGCAGUGAGUGAGAUAAUAACACACGAAAAUCGUGCAAUAUUACGUGCAACGCUUCAGAAGAAAAUGAAGAACUUGAUACAACGUCUACAUGGGUGCUUAUGGACAAAAACGGACGCCAUCUAAGAGAUUUUAUUCUCCGUAUUUGAUAAAUGUUUUAAUUUUCCCAACUCUUAUCAAUAUCACAAAAUUUUACAUCCUUGGUUCAUACUGGGAAUCAAAUUUUUGAGUUACGUUCAAAAAUGAGUAACCUAUGUAUCAGCUAUUCCAAAUCCUCUAUACUUCAUUGCUCAACCCUUUAUUAUAAUAUAGUGUUGAAAAAUAAUCGCCUUAGAAAUCAUUAAUUCAGACUAAAGAUGAGACGUAAAUAAAAGUAAUGGCACAGACAAAACAUUCCAAUCAUAUUUAGUCUAUGGCAAUAAUAUAUUGGAAAUCUAUUUAUACCGGUUGGUACAGGAUUUUGAAAUUAGGUAAUUUGCACAAAAAAUCAUAAAGCUAGUAGUAUACUAUGUCUCAAUGUCUUUUUCCUCCGAGACGAAUCAGUCAAUAUUUUCAAAAUUUCUUCAAGGUUUCAGCCACGGGGUAUGGGAAUAGUGUUACGAGGGCUUUGCAAAAAAACGUACAUCCAAGUUUUUUAUAAUUACGAGAGGUUCUUUGUCUUUUAAGUUCUUUGCGCACUCAAGAACUAUAUAGCUGAAAUAUUUGAACAGGUCUGUUAACUUGUAAAUAGAAUAGGUAUAACUUAAAAAAGGUGGUCAUUAAAAACCUUAAAAAAGGUAGAGCAUUUAUACCAUUGAACAAGUUACUAUUCCGAUACAACGUUUUAUAAUACUGUAUUCUCAAUAGUCUCUUCUCAUUCGCAUUGCCAGAAUCAAUAAAAUUGAAAAAUGUAACUAUUUAUUCUGUACGUUAUUACUCUUAUCGGUAACACCACAUUGCGUUAUCAAACUCGUUGCUUAAUGGUAUCAUUUAACGUUCACAACUAUUUUCAUAAAUGUAAUCUUUUUUUAUUCUGAUAAUGACGAUUAUGGGGUAGAGAAGCCUGUAGUAUCUAUGGAAGCCAUCAGUAGUGUUUAUGUUAAUUUUGUCAUAUAAGUAGUUGAGCUUCAUACAGCAUCAGUAUGUAAAAUUACAUCCCCGGCAUUUUUAACACAGCAUUCUCUAAAAUUGAAGUUCUGCGAGAUAUUGUAACUCAAUUUUUCUCUAAACUGACCUCUUAUGUUAAUCUGACUGUUAUAAAUAGAAAAAUAUUGAUACUGGCUUUAGUGACUUCAUAGCAAUAUAAUUAUAUUUAGUUAUUUUCAAGCGUUGAUAGAUGAGCAGUUUUAAAAUCAACUGCACAGAGAAUCAUUUUCAUUGCUUUGUACUAUUUACGGUUACUUCUUCUACGGUAAUAAUGCCUAAGUCUGUGUUUGAAUAUUCAGAUCAAUUAGCAAUACAAACUUCUGAUUAAUUCCGUUGUUGAACUGAAGAAAAUAUAACAGCUUCUCUCACAUACAGACUCGUUUCUAGGUGAGGAGUACUAUUCUAUAAAAUUAUUGAAUAUAGAUUUCAAGUGUUUGCAACAUGUUGCUAUUUUUAGAGUAAACAUUUUUCUUCAUUCUCUACCCAAAAUUAAUUUUUCAUGCUUAAUGCAUUGGAUAGUUUGUCAACCUCUAAUGAUUAUAUUUCUCUGUUAAUAGAUGCAAAACAUAAUAAACUCAACUUAUUAGCCAAUCAUACUGAAUCAUGGUUAUUUUACUAUUUUACAAAAUAUGAUUCGUUUAUUGUCAGAACAUGUAAAACAAAUGCAAGACAUCGUCAUAAAACAUACAAGCAAUACAGAAAAAAAUUUAACAACAUCAAUAUAUCACAUGUCAUAAAAUUGCAUCACAUUAUUAAGUCAUUCUUACAGUAAGGAAAGCAGUCAAUUAAAACAAAUUUAACAAAAUCAAUAAAUCACUUGUCAUAAAAUUACAUAUACUAGGCCAAUAACUUGCUGUAAACUUUUAGUAUACUUAUUGUAAUUUGAGAACACUGAUUGUAUUCCACUUUAUUUUCUAGUUUACUUACAAGACUUUAUAUUAUUCUAAUUUGUUUUCGUAAUUGAAUAAACUUAUGGGAUAUUACAUUAAUAUAAUAUGAGACCAGUCAUUGUAAAAUAUUGUUCAACUAGUUAAGUAUUGAUCAGCUUCAAAAAAAGUUGAGUAAUUUUAUCAUUUCUAUUGAAAGAGUUUGAUUGUGAAAUUGAUAUACAUUACCGUAGCUAUAUUUAAUUAUUAGGUUGUCAAUAUUCAUUCUUAUUUCAAAAAUAGGAGUGAACUAUUCUGUAUUAAUCAAGAUUCAAUUUUAAUUGUACAGAAUUUACAAUUACUAAUUAUUUACAAUAACUUUAUUUCAUUUCAUAAUUAUUAUUAUUAUUAUUAUUGUUUUAUGGAUUUGAGUGAUAAUAAUAUGUAGGUAUAUUUCAAUAUUGUCUUUGAAACGAACAUUCUAUGCCAAAUGUAAAAUAAUGUUAGUUUCAAGUGCUCAAAUACACUAAAUCAAAUUUGUCAUAAAUUUUUAUUAUAGUUCAUUUUUUCUGAAUUAACGUUUUAGUCACCAUUUAAAAAUUCCACUCUAUACAUUUCACCAUAUUCUCCAAGUUUAGUAUAAUUUUCUCUUAUGCAUUCAAAAAAAAUAUAUAUAUUUGCAACACCUAGGAUGUUGUGGGGAGUCCGAUCUCACUACCUCCUCAAGAUCAAACC